AACCCAUCAUCUAAUCCAAGCAACAUAGUACUAAAGCAGAUGGGAAUGCAGGUCAGGGCUAGUUAUCAUCAUCAUCAUAAUGCUUGUAUGGCACCAACAUUACCAGUACCAUCAACAGCUUUGAGUUUGUGUUCUUCAUCUCUCUCUCCCUUUAUUCAAAGCAGCGGCAACAAGAUUAAUUUAGAGAGGUUAUCUCCUGGUUUGAGUUUUUUUAGUAGCAAAAUCACAAGGACUAAACAUGGGAUUGUGGCAUCUAGCAAUGUGUCAGCACCGCUUUGGGACUCCUGGAAACCUGACAACACCCCUGCGUCUUCACCGUCUUUCAGUGAUAUCUUUUGGCCCUCUGCAGGGGCAUUUGCAGCAAUGGCAAUAUUUGGAAGGAUGGACCAAAUACUGGCGCCAAAAGGGAUUUCAAUGACAAUUGCACCCUUAGGAGCUGUUUCUGCUGUUCUAUUUGUCACUCCCUCAUCCCCUGGUGCACGGAAGUAUAAUAUGUUCAUGGCCCAGAUAGGUUGCGCAGCCAUUGGUGUCAUUGCAUUCUCACUAUUUGGGCCCAGUUGGCUAGCUAGAAGUGCUGCCCUUGCUGCUUCCAUUGCUUUCAUGGUCUAUACACGUUCCACCCAUCCACCAGCUGCAAGUUUGCCACUUUUGUUCAUUGAUGGAGCUAGGUUUCACCACUUGAAUUUUUGGUAUGCUUUGUUCCCUGGUGCUGCUGGAUGCAUCAUCCUUUGUUUGAUUCAAGAGAUUGUGUGCUAUUUGAAGGACAACCUCAAAUUUUAAUCUCCGUAUGUUCAACUUCAGUAAGAUUCGAGGUGAAUGAUGAUCUUUAUCAGCAAAAUCAAUUCUUGAGAAGAGAGCUCUACACCCUUAUGACCUCAAGCUCCAGCUUCCUGAUGUCAAAGAUUGACACAAGAGUGUGUAGUAAGCAACAUCAGAACAGCUAUCAGAACAACUUCUGAGAAAGAUCAAGUGGGAAAAAAAUUGGGAGAUUAGCUCUUACAAUGGUAAUGGAUUACACAACGAAGCAAAUAAUUAAUUGCUCUCUUUUUAAGCUAACAAGAGCAUAGUUUACAAUGAACUGCUUGCUAGAAAUUGUCAGCACACAGACAUUUCCCUAAGAUUUGUGUAUGUCAGCAUUCCUUCCCAUUAAGUUCUAUAGCCCUUUGGCCCCUACUAAAUAACAAAAGAAAAGUUCCAUCAUUGGAUCAAAACUAUACCCAAUUGAAGUUGAUAACAUGUAAAACGCAGUCUUGAUCUUAAAAAUAGAAGAUUCCUUCUUGUUA